GUCCACCUCACCACCACCACUCGACAAGUCAAAGUCUAGAGCUUGCGGGAGAGGAAGGAGGAAGAGAGGAGCGGCGAGGGAAAGAGGAUGGCGGCGAGCGGUGAGGGUGAGAGGUGGGUGGGGUUGGCGAUGGACUUCUCGGAGGGGAGCCGGGCCGCGCUGCGGUGGGCGGCGGCCAACCUGCUGCGCGCCGGCGACCAGCUGCUGCUGCUGCACGUGCUCAAGGAACCCGACUACGAGCAGAGCGAGGCCAUCCUCUGGGAGGCCACCGGCUCCCCGCUGAUUCCCCUCUCGGACUUCUCUAACCCUACAAUCGCAAAGAAAUACGGAGCGAAGCCUGACACAGAAACGUUGGACAUCCUGAACACUGUAACCAAGCAGGAGGUUAUGGUGGUUGUUAAAGUCCUGUGGGGUGAUCCCCGCGAGAAGCUAUGCCAAGCUAUCAACGACAUCCCCAUGAGCUGCUUGGUUAUUGGAAGCAGGGGCCUUGGCAAGCUCAAGAGGGUGCUCUUGGGCAGUGUCAGCGACUACGUUGUGAACAACGCAACCUGCCCAGUCACGGUCGUCAAGUAAGCGAGCACCGAUGGCUGAUAUCAUCGUCAAAACACCUGCAUGUGUUAAUUGUAACAGCAAGGGAUUUACCUUUGCAGAACACACGCUACUAUCAGCUAGCUAAACACAUAUUGAACCAUGCAGUUUUUAUUCUAAUAAUAGAUCAAUGACCUGUUGAAGGACAUGUAGUGCUCUACUUUUCCAGGCUAGCUCCACCAAGCCUUUGUUUGCUGUCUGAGUGAUGUUUAUACUGCUUUGAGCGUUUGAAUAAAUGGGUGCUGCUGCUGUUCUUCAAA